AUGACGCGGAUCACAAAUUUUGGUCGAAAGCGCACGUAUGUGCAAGCAGGCUUUCCUGACGAUUCCGAGCCUGUGGAAGAACCAACAGAGCCACAAGCUUCGACAUCCACUUUACCAUCCGAGAGCCAACCACACGAUCAAGUUCCUCCAAAAAAGAAAAGAAAGCGGACAAAAAAACCAAAAGAAACUGGUGACGAUGGCGGCGAAAGAACUGGACCAAGUGAGGACAAGGCACAGGACGCGGGUGAUUCUGAAAAAGCGAAAGUUGUACCCAAGAAGAAACUGAAGGAGAAACGGAAGCCUAAAGCUCGGCCAGAUCCUGCCCAACGGUCUGAAUCGAGACGCCAGAAACGUAUUGCGGAGAAAUACGCAGACACUACUUGUUUUGCAUGUCGGCAAAAAGGGCACGCUGCAAGAGACUGUCCAACCACACGUAGUGAAGCCCGUGGUAGUGGUGGUGCAGCGAGAAGUGUUGGAAUAUGUUAUCGUUGCGGUUCAAAUCAGCAUAUUCUCUCGCGAUGCAAGGCCCCAGAAGACCCUCAUCACGCGCUUCCGUUCGCAUCAUGUUUCGUGUGUUCUGGUAAAGGUCACUUGGCAUCAUCGUGUCCACAAAACAAGGACAAGGGUGUCUAUCCAAACGGAGGCUGCUGCAAACUCUGUGGCGAAACAUCUCAUCUGGCCAAGGACUGUGGACUGAGAAAACAAGCUCUAUCUGGAACCGCAACUUUCUUGGGGACAGGGGAAAGCGCCGGUGCAGAUGAAGAUGACUUCCACACUUUCAAGCGGCGGAAUGCAGACGUAGACCGGGAUAUAAAGAAAGAUGAGAGAGCAAAGAAAAAGGCCGAUGUAAAGUUUGGAACAUACACAGGGACGGUGAAAGCCUUUGGCACGCCUGUCGGAAACUCUGCGAAGGUGAAGGUCGUUCACUUUUGA